UCCUCCCAUAGAAUCUCACCAUAGUAUCUGCCUGGCUCUGUAGGUUACAAUCUAAAAGAGUUAGCAGGAAGAGAUGAGUCAAUUCUAAUUGCCAAUCCACGUUUCCAAGUAUUUUGCAAGUGCUUCAGAGUGUUAAACAUGUGAUUAGUGCCUCGUGCGUUUUGUUGCGAAAAAAAUCGAUAGUGUACAGUUAGUUAUAGCGAUGAUCUCCGCAAGUAGGACAAAUAUCCGAAGAAUUCAUCACUGAUGAUGGUUAAAUAACGAAAGAGUCGCGAAACGCAGAGGCAUUCCAGCAAAAUGUUUGUAUUCCGUGGAGACUUCAACGCUGGGUCAGCCAGGAUCCACGCUUGAGUGGCUUAAUCCUCUCGUUCCGUUGAUCCUGAAUCGAACUUUGAGAAAGUUAUUUUAAUGUCCAGCACAUUAAAUUGUGUCAUCGUUCCUAAAAUGCCAAAAUGAAUCUCUUCAAGCGUGGCAUGAUCUUCGUUACGUUUUUCGGAUCUUGCAUCGCCAUGGCCCUGCUGGUGGCCAGUUUGGGGACGAAACAGUGGGUGAAUGCGAAGGCGAAGCGGCUCAAGAACCCCCACGAGAGCGACGGGAGGAUCAAUUUCGGGCUGUUUGACGGCAAAAAAGAGCUGAAUGUGGCCUACGGUUGGAGGAGUUACGAAAUUGAUGUGAUUCAUUUAUUGAAAUACGAACCAGAAUUUUUAAUUUACUGGUUUUGGAUUGGUACAGUGGUCAGUGUUUGUGCUGGCCUUUUGUUUUCCGCGCUGAGCGCAAUUUUCGCUGCUAUAAACACAGCCACUUCCACAUCAAGGUGUUUGGCGUCCGCCUCAGCCCUUUAUCUAUGGAAUAUCUUGGCCAUGGUGGCCGAUGUGAUGGCCAUAGGUUUUUGGAUAGCACAAUUUUAUUUAAGGAUACAAUUUAACGUACUGUCUAGGGAAGACAGAGACAACGACUGGACGUCUGAAAGGAUGGCCGAAUUGGGAUAUUCUUUUUGGUUCGUAGUUGGAGCAGCUGUAGCCUCUUUUGUAAAUAUUAUAAUAGUAUUUAUAGCGAAUAGUGAAAAAGAAGUGGACACGGUGAUACCGGUCUUAGAAGAAAAAACAAAUGGAGCCAUUAUGUUGUACUAAAACCUUGUAAAAAUAUUUAUGACUACUUGUAAGUUUUGUAAUUUUUUUAAUAAAAACUGAAAUAAAA